AUGGAGGAUGAAUUGGUCGAAGAGUCAAAACCAAUCGUUGAAGGAGAUGCGUCUGGAGAAGGAGUCAACUUGGAGGUUACGAAUCGUCAUGCGGAAAAAGAAUGCGUCGAACCUCAAGAAGUAGCAGGAUGGCUCGAAUCUCCACCACCGUCACCGCCGCAAAUUGAUAAGUCGACUGAUACGGAUUCGUCCUAUAAAUUAAAAGCUCUUCAAACGGCACUUGUAAAUUCCGGGAUUGAAAAUGCAAAACAAAAAUAUUCCAAAGUCUUUCACCAACUUGAGCUAAACUUUUUCGAAAAGUUGUUCAGGAUUGCUAACAUUGCCCAAGAUGGACUGCUUAAUGAUACCGAGCUGAUGUUCUUUUUGGACCAUCACGACUACGUGAUAUCGAAGCAAGAGGCGAGACAAAUCAUACGAGAGGGCGACCAAAAUCGGGACGGAGCACUAGAUUUUGCAGAAUUUCUCAGUCUUUGUGAAAAAGCAAGCAUCAAUCUAGAAGAAAUCGGAAUUCUUUCGGAAGAUUGGGAGAGACAGUUACAAAAUUCGGAAACUGUGGAAUACUUUGAGAACAAGAUUGCUGAGAAUGCCGACUGUAAAUCAGUUGACAACUCUGAGAUAUGUCUCCUCCAGAGAAAUUACAUGCUAACCACCACCACGGAAAUUAUGACCCCUGUUUCUGGAGAAUACGACUUUGACCUCAUCGUCCUGGGGAAUGGCGCAGGGGGAAAUAGUGUGGCUAAAGAGGCUGCCAAAAUUGGGAAGAAAGUAGCAAUCUGCGAUUCUUCACCAAAUAAUUCUGCCCCAAAUAGUAGCUUUUUCGCUCCGAGCUGUGUCAACGUUGGAUGUGUUCCAAAGACGUUGAUGAACUAUGCCGGUGUCGUCGGUGACACGGUUGACCAACGGACUUCACUACCUUUUGGAUGGUUCGCUGCACAAGAAGCAGGAGUAUCGCCAAAUUUGGAAGAACAAGCGGAUAAAUCUCUCUUCACGAAUGACUGGUCAACUCUUGUCGACAAUAUUCAGAGUUAUAUUCGCACCUUAAAUUUUGAGCGGCAGUUCGGUCUCGAACAUUACAAGUGGGUACAGUACUACAACUCGAGCUAUGAGUUUGACGGUCCUCAUACGAUCAAGUUGACCCACGAAGACAAAACGACAGAAUUUAUCACUGGAGAGAAAAUCGUCAUCGCUAUCGGGUCAACUUAUCGGCAGCUGGACAUUCCCGGCGCUCAAGGGAACUGUAUCACAGUGGACGACAUAUUCUCCGUGCGCCACCAUCCGGGGCGAGUCCUUAUCAUCGGUGGAGGAGAAGACGCCAUCGAAAUCGCCGGAUUACUGUGCGGUCUCAAACUCGAAGAUGACGACCCUUAUCUUAGAAACGUUGCAUAG